AUGGUGUCAUUUGACGUCGUCUCACUCUUCACGUCCAUACCACAGGCCCUUGCGGUCGAGACGCUCAGUGACCUGCUUCGUCAGAAUUACGACGAGGGCGAUGGCCAGCCCACAGCUCAAGAUCUCAUAGAACUCAUGGGGCACUGCCUCAAGACAUUUUUUACCUUCGAGGGGAUCACCUAUGAGCAAAUUAAGGGCACUCCGAUGGGUUCACCAAUCUCCGGACUCAUUGCCGAGGCCGUUCUGCAAAAACUCGAGAAACGACUGUUCGGGGAAUACAAACCCAAGUUUUGGGCGCGCUACGUUGAUGAUACCUUCGUAAUCAUCGAUCAGGAUAAAAUUAGCUACUAUGAAGAACUAUUGAACUCAAUCGGCCUGGAUGUCUACCGACUGCUCUGUCAACCGCCACAUCAAUUUACCUCGCCCUUAUCUGGUUUUACGGACAUUCUUGACGGGGGACAGUCACGGCGCGGGACAAUCGGGGCCGCCAAUUAUCACCGCGGCCGACGAAGAUGGGUGGAAUUCAGGUCACGGUGA